AUGGAGCGUGAGAUGUUCUUCAGCGAAGUGAAGCGGAGUCUCCAGCGCAGUGAUUCCCCAGAUCUCAACAUUACAUUCGAGUUCUUCUUCUUCCACGAAUAUUACAACCUCCGAGUUUCCCCACUCCCAACUCCCCUCCUUUACUUUGACAACAUGGACUGCACCACGGUCUACACCACCGUCCAAGGAAGCCUGUCGCGCGCCACCGUGGAAGACGCGCUCGGGGCACCCUUGGCCCAGAGCCUCCGCGGCCGCGAAUGCGAACGCGCGAUCCAACUCGCCUGGCGGAUGGUGCCGGGCUUUCUCAUGCGGGAGGAAAACCGGAAGCACGUGGAGUUGACUAUCAGCAUGCGGAUACGGUUCAAAUACUUGGACGACGCUCCUGCCGCGCCCUCGUCGCUCUGGAGGCUCGACGACUGGGACGUGGACGAGGAGGAUGGCGGCUUCUGUCGCAUCUGCUUGGAAGAGGCCUAUGAGGGGCUCAGAAUGCCGUGUUUGGAUGUGUUUCACGCCGACUGCAUUGUCGAAUGGCUAAGGAUGAGUCACUAUUGUCCGGUUUGCCAGUUCCAGAUGCCCACGCCCAUGGACUAG